AUCUAUCUAUUCAUACGUCUCUACUUCGUCUUCAUCUUCUUGUGGAAUUCUUAGCGUCAUGUUUGAAGUACCCAACGGAACGCAUUGGUGCAAGAAGAUGGACCGAAUGAGUGGUCUAGCAGAUGAAACGCUGAACGUGAUCAUGGGCUUUAAUGGUGCAACAGAAGCUGCACGUGUGUUGACUCUUGCAAAAAGAUUCAGGAACCUACAUACCGUUGUAGGAUCACUCAACUUGGACGACAUAAAUGACUUUCAUGGUACGUUCUCCGAGUUUGUAAGUGAGAGAUUGGGUUUGCUGGAAGAUAAUCAAUUUGUAAGGAGGUUCUCGUUGAAGGCAAGAGCUAUUCUUGAUCCAGCUGACAUCGCACAGUGGUUACGUGAUGUGUUGAAGCGUGGGGUGGUGGAUGUUAGUUUACACAUUCAUGGUAAUAAUGGUGCUCCACUUCCCUUGGAGUUGUUCAAUAGCAGAAGUGUUGGUAUGCUUAGACUAGGGCGUCACUUGGUGAUCAGUGAAGUCCCCGCAACUGCUGCUCUACCCGCCCUUGAAACUCUUGUUCUCGACUCUGUCCGCUUCCAUGCCUUUGGUGAUUGUGCGUUUCAGGCGUUUCUGUCAGCUUGCCCUACGCUUAAAGAUCUAACAAUAAAUGGUUGGUUUUGGGAAACGUGGAGAUGGGGAGGGAUGUUGUCUAAUAAUUCUCUUCAACGACUUACUAUUACUCGUAGAAUGCAAAGUGGGUUUGAUGGCUUUGAUUAUCAGGAGAUAAGCUUCCAAACUCCAAGUCUCAGAUACCUAGACUACACCAACUUCGUUCCUGAUGCCUAUCCAGUGGUCAACUUGGAGUCACUUGAAGAAGCUAAAAUAGAUCUUCAGGUGGUGGAAGAUAGGGAAUGGUUUGGAGAACUUUUAGAGGAUCCUGACCAUCUAUCAAGUAAUCCCACAAACUUCAUUGAGGGGAUAAAGAAUGUAAAGUCCCUAACGUUGUCAUCUUCGUCUACUUUUCAGACGCUUUACUUCUUCCGUGAAUCAAUUCCCUUGUUUGAAAACCUGCAUCACUUAACUAUGAGACAUAGUGACAUGCGCAUUUGCUGGCGAUUUCUUCCCUUUUUGCUUAGCAAGACUCCAAAUCUCAAGACCCUUCACAUCGAGGGAGGUUUGCAUUACGCUCAAAAAUCUGAGUCACUUGAUUAUGUUUGCGAGUGUGUUUCCGAGUAUUCUUGUCUAUCGUCGUGUGCUGUGGAGUUCAUGGAUAUAAACCUGUGGGACGAUGGAGCUGAAGGAGAAAUGGAGCAAAUAAAGCACUUCUUAGGCAAAUUAGCACAUCUUGAACUGCUCAAAGUUCACUCAUUGGGAAGCAUAAGUGACGGGGAGAAGUUAAGAAUCACCAAUCACCUGCUCAUGCUUCCAAGAGCAUCUGUGCAAGGUGGAGAUCUCUUUUCGUUGAUACUACCAACUCAAACAUGAAGGCUGAUCUCUGAUUCUACUACUUCAACAAGUCAUUAAUUAUCGGUUCACUUUUAACACUAGUUACUCUUUUGUUUUCUGUUAUUGGACAUCUUUUAGUCUGAUCUUGGCUAUAUUCUAGGCAUUAAUUGUUUGCAACGAAAGUCUCUCUGAUGGUUUUGUUUUUAACUGAUCAUAUGAACGUCAAUCCAAGUAGAGCUUACUGAUAGACCCGUUGAGAAAGAUUUUUUAUUAAAUAAUCAAAACUUAAAAGAAGGGACAUUAAUUAAGGUAUUAUUGGCUACAGAAAGAAUUCAAACCAGAACUACUAAUAGUUAACGACUUCCAACUUGCAAUUUGGUGAAGCUCUCGGGGCCAUCCUCAGAUCCUCGAAGACUUGAGAGAGACGCAAGUCCUCCUCUAAGGAGGCAUCCAAGUCUAAUACGAUGGCCAGUUGUUCAAGCAAAGGCAUUUUCUUGAGGAAAUGCUUGACUAAUGACAUCUCUCCACAAGUUGCACCAAAGUUUAAUAUCUUCAAGAUCUUCACAGGACAAGAUGAUAAACACGAAGAAGAAGACCAAGGAGAGAUACAGUCACAAGCAUCUCCGCAUCCAUCCGUAACACGGUGGUACAGACCCUGAGGAAGGAAGGAAGGAAGGGGCAUAAAGACACGGUAACAUACAAAUUGUUAAAACAUAUAUAGUUUGUGCGUGUUCUGCAUGUGACUUACAUGGAAGACGAGAGUUUGUAGACUGGGGCAGUUGAUGAGCAAGAGAGGCAAGGCAUGCCAUCCUCGUUCAUCGUCACUUUCAAUAGAUAAAUGAUUCAAAUUGUGGAAUACCGGAACCAUCUUACAAAAGUCUGCAAUCACCUGAAAACAUGAAUAAAACUAGUUGGACCAUGCAAGAGUAACAACUAAUAA